CUAACGUUACACAUGUGGACGCUGGCUGCUUCUUCCUCGGUGUUGUGGUUAUGGAAGGACGCUGUGUUGUUGAGACUUGGACAGAGUUUGGUUUUUCAGGCUCAUCAUGCACACCGAAGAUCAAGUUUGGUUUAGAGACAGAAGUUUUCCUCUGCACUGGCAGCGACGAGGUGUAUGUCUUCAGUACACAAGAGAGAAAACUCACGGCUGUCCUCCAGUUUCCUGGUCCUGUGAGUGACCUGGUUGAGAGUCAUGACAGACAGCUCCUCUAUGUGUCCUGUUCGAGUGGAGUUUACUGUGUCAGCUUGCCACUUCUGCUGUCCAGGGCUUCAAGCUCCCCAGCUGAUGCAUCGUCUUGUCCAGCUGAGCUGAAGAUCUCCUCUGAAUCCCUUGUUGUAGGAGAAGAAGGUGUGUUAUCGCUGCUCCUCGUCGGCUCUGUCCUCCUGAUCCUAUCCCAGAGAGACGCGUCCUGGCUCCUGAGUUUGUACAAAACACCAAAACAAGCCCCGUCCAGCAGCUGUGAGAUGCUCAGUUCGUUCAGUCUACCACUUGUCUCAGCUGUUGUACAUGGUGACACUGAGGGGAAAACAGGAGUGGGAAGGAGGCCUGUGCUGAUUUGUGUCCAUUCUGGUGAUGCAAAAUCAACAUCAUCCUUAGCGGACAGUCAUUUCCUCCUCGAGCCUGUCCUCUUCAAACUUCUGUUUGGGAUUGAUGCUGCCCUCGCAAAAUUACCGGUUAUCCUUUGUGGCCUUCCAGAUGGACGCCUGUGUUUCCUCCCUCUGCGUCUUCCAGGAUCACGGCUCCGAGUCAUUCAUAGCCUUGAGCAGCCAGUCGUAUUUGUUGGAGCGUCUGUUGUCAUGGAAACGGGUCCAGGACAUGCAAAGUGUUUGGUGGCAGUGGGUGAACAAGGGAGAGUGGUGCUGAUGAAGACUGACAAGGGUGGCCCAGAGGGAGGGGGCAACACAGUUGGUUUUAUCGAGGGGUGUGUACCGGGGCCUGUGGUGUGUGGCCUUGUGGAUAAACACCAUCUCUACUACAGCACUGGUUCAGACCUGUUGGUGCUGGAUCUAUCAGAGGGAUCGUCUGGGAGAAAAGACCAGGAAAGGGAUGAGGAGACGUCCAGUAAGACGGCUGCUGCCCUCCGAAGUCCCGCCAGUUUAAAUGUGUGUAGAGUCAUCGCCUUGGCUGCACCUGAACACAACACUUCAGGAGAAGUUCAGCUGCUGGGGCUGUCAGUCAGAGGACAGCUCCAGAGGAUUAUCUUACCUGUGGGGAGGAAGGAUGCAGGAUUGUCCUAUCUGCCUUCCACACAGGUGGGCCGCAGCAUCAGGGAUCUCCUGUCUGCUAUCGGGGAUGUUUGUGAAAGAGCAUCUGCGCUGAAAACUGCCAUCAAAUCUAAAAACUUGAUUCUGCGGCACCUGAAUCAGGUGCUCAACGUCAGCUUCCUGCUGAUAACCAGUGCAAACAGUGAAGAGCAUCUUCCUGGGCAGGAGAAGCAAAUCAGAUGUCAUGCCAUGACCAGGUGGAGCAGACUGCUCCAGAAAGACUCCCUGAACUUGACAUGUGUCCUGGAUAAUUCAAGUCCUUAUGUUUUGGAACGAGGCUGGACACUGAGCGUCACCGUGUUUCCUCUUUCCUACUCAUCCAGUGCAGGAGGGGAAAGCUGCUCCACUAGUUUUUCAUUCCCAUUCCACAAUCUCCAUCCAGGAGAAACAUUCGAGGUAUCGUUGCCUCUAGCAGCUGCAGGCGACUCAUCCUUUCCCAUGAGAGUGAGCUGCUCACUCAUCUUCUCACUCUCACGUCUCCUGGGGGAGGAGGAGACGGCACACCUUCCUGGCUUGCAGAGUAGUUGUAUCAGUUUGCCCUUGAACACACUGACAGUAGACUGGCUGCACGCCCUGCAGGUGAACAGUCCCACAUCUCAAUCCAGCAACAUCCCAACAGACGGCAUCCAAGCUUUUCUAAGCUCACACCGGACUAGGUGUGUGGGACGAGGGGAGGGAGGAGGAGAGAGUGCUUCAAAGGCUGAGCGAGAGCAGUACUCAGCGAGUGUACGGGUGUCAUCAGAGUUACUGAGGGAUACACUGGUGUUAAAAAGCUCAGAUUUGGACCCUCAGGGGACAAAGGUGGCUCCUCAGAAUCUCUGCCUUUCUCUGCUGGACUGGCUGUUGUCUGAAGGUCCUGGAGGAGUGAAGAUGGGACACCACAGAGACAAGAUUGUCCCGAGCAGCUCAGUAUUCACAGCUCGAGGUCCAAAUGGAGACACAGUCAAACUGACUGCAAAAGAGGUAAAUGUAGGGGAGGAGGAGUCCCUGAGCACAAUAGAAGUUCGGGUAGAGAGCUCAUCUAUAGCAGCAGUGAGUGGACUGCACCAUGCUGUGCUGCGCCGGGUACAGGCUCUGCUGCAGAGUGCUCCUGAGAGGGCUGCUUCCACACAGAGGGUCCAGAGUUUAGGUUUAAGACAGGCGCUGCAGCGAGCGGAGCGCUUGUUGCAGCAGAUCCAGCAAAGUCGAAUCUCAGGAGCUUUUGGCGUGGGUGUGUCCACAGGGCAGAUGACCCGAUCUCUUCUCAGUGUUUACAGAGAACUCAGAGAAAAUCCUCUCCUCAUAAUUUAAUACUUUUUUUUCCCAGCUGCGCCUGCACAUCUGUUAACCUUGUUCGGUGUUAUGUAACCUGUCUUGACUGAGAAAUAAUAUCCAUGAUAAUUGCUGCUGUAAAUACACUUUUGUGUUGAGUGUAA